GUAUAUUUGCAUUUUGUGCAUAUGGUUUGUUUUACUUCAUGUGAACAUCUACAAGAAGUAAGAAAACGACGUCGGGAUAAUUUGGCUGAAGGAGUUCAUAUAGAAUCAGUGGAAAUCAAACAGCUCAAUUAGAUUUUGGAUUGCUACAUGUAUUUGAAGAUGGGACAGAUUUGCCUAAUAGUUUAAUUACAGUGGUUUGUUAAACCCACAUCUGGCAAGCAGACGUCCCGGGAAAACCCCCCAAGCUGAAAAUAUUCCCUUUGGCGGAAAUGACGGAAGACGUCAUAACUCUGCGCCUGCUGAUGUCAGAAAUGACCUGAAUGUUAAACAGUAGCACGAAGUUGGUGCAAGCAUUACAUUUUUUGGGGGUCUCAUAAGUCCAUGAUGACAUUUACACAUAUUUAGGCUGUAAAAAUGGAAAAGUAUAAACCAAAAAGACACGGAGAGAAACGGUGUCAUGUGGAGGAAACCGGAAGCUCCGGUGUUUACAGGGUUAAACCGAGCGCUGUGGUGACUGUGUAGAGCUCUACUGUAGUGCACUGCACACAGCCAAUGGGAUGCGCCGCGCUGCACGACCCGACCGCGGAUCUCUUUCCCUUUUUCCUUUCCUUCUUUUGAUAGAAUUAAUGACGAUCCCCACGGAUUUAUGACGCAUUUUAAGACGCCACGAUGCGGCGGAUCGCACGCCGGAACGGAGCCGAGGGACAGGUCUGUUACCACUUUCUACUCCCACAUAUGGAUCACUCAUCUACUCUGAGAGUACUGACAAUAAACGUAUUUUAGAUUUUGCUGAAUAACUUCUGGUUGCAACCAUGAACUCUCAGAACUUGCAACAAAAUUUCAUCUUGUUUCUCGAAAAGAAAAAAGAUUCCAAAGAGGCCCUUAAAAGCUUAAAUGGACGUCUUUGUUGUGCGAAAUGCCGCUUUUCAACGAAAGACACUGCGCUAUAUGAAAGGCAUGUGGCUCAACACGAGGAAGUGACCUUCUCCUGUAAUAUCUGCAACCACGUUUCAUAUUCAAGGGUCGAAUCUCAACGACACCUUGUGAAACACAAAGGCUCGUUUCCGUACAAGUGUAGUUGGUGCCAUUACGGAGCGGUCAGGAGGGACUACAUGGUCAAACACAUUCAGAGGAUACAUGGAAAGUCUGCAGAUGGAAUUUUCAAGAAUGAUUGUCCUAAAAAAUUUGAAGUGACUAAAGGUCUGUGCCUGACCAAUCCAAGAACCUUGGGCGGACCUUCUCAUGACGUGAAGGCAUUGACCCGUUCAGCAGAAAAUUUGUCCGGUCUACUUUCUAAUACUAGUCAGACAAAAACUAGUGCACCCUACCAUGUUUCAAGUACAACUUGCAGCCUACCCGUGAUCAAGACUCAACCCAGCGUUGUACCCAAUACAACUCAUGCAAUAUGCAAAGUUAGUCAAGGGAUAUUCCAUCCACCAGUCUCCACUGUUAAAGAAGUAGGUCCCACUUUAGCAGUGGAGUGUAUUAAAAAUUUGACUGAAAGAACAUCCUUAGAAUCGACUGCUGUAACAAGUGUACUUCCGAGAGUUCAUGUCAACAUCUUUGGAGACCGCGCAGUUCAUCAAAAGCCACCGCUUCAGAGCCAAUCGGUAAGUGGCACAGCCAAGACACCAGUUCAGCCCAAAAUAAUCCAGAAAAUUCAAGUUGGACUUCCAGUCAGUACUAAUAAACACUUAAAGACACUUCUUAGCAACCAAAGUGAACCUCCAGUAGCACAAAAGUCGGUUAUUUUUGGACCUAUGCAAAAUAUUCAAGUGGCACAUGUAGCACAAAAGUCCGUUCCAUCUACAGCGAAUCCCACUAUCCCUGUUGAGCGAUUCAGACAAGGGGUACCAUCCACAAAACAAGUGACUCAGACAACAGAAAAACAAAAGACAAGACCCAAUAUCCUUGUGAGGCGACCAGCUAUGACUCUUGAGUCAAGUGCAAAGUCAGGGGUGCAAGUGGGACUGCUAGCGCCCUUAAACCAGCCCAUCCAGCACAGCCAUCCUUUGAUGAUAUCGAGUCCUAAAGAAAGAAAUCUUCCCCAGUCUAACGUCCAAGUCGAACUGCUUGCGCCAUUAAACCAGCCGAUACAACAUAACAAGCCCUUAACAGUAUCCUGUCCCGAAGAGAUUACAAUUCCGGCCGGAUGCCUCGUUGAAUUGGUGGAGGUGAAAAAUGUCAACGGUACACGAGAACUGGAGCUUCGGCUGGUCCCACAGCUGCUACCCGGACCGCAACAAGUGGAUAAGCAAAGUAACACUGUAACUUCCACAACAAGCCGAGUGGCAUUUAAGUGUAGAGUUGCUGCAGAUAAUGAUCAACCGAUAAAUAUGAACCAUGAAAUCACCCCUAAGGCAAAUGUCAUUCCUGAGCAUCUGGUCCAGCGAUCACAUCUAAAGAAAUUAGCACUUGACAAGGUAAAUGUUAAAAACGAAACCGAGGUAAAAAAAAAAGCGCUUUGUUCCAGGAGGAACGUGACACCGGUACCGGGAUCUUCAAGUAAAUGGUUGCAUGCUGUCUCGAAGUCAGAAGUGUCGAACCCGUCAGAUUUGCGCAAAUUUACAGAACAACCAGGUGGUGCACAACAAGGUGUUGUGACGGAACAGUUUAAGGCGCAGUCUCACAUGAACUGCACGGUAAAAAAUGUUUCACCACUUACGAAAGACAAGAGUAUUAAAGCCGAAGGAUUUAAAUAUGAGAACAGAGCUUCGGAACCAUCGCCAAACAAACUGGAAGAUGCCGAAUUGAGUUAUCAAGGACUCCCUGUCAUUUCAUCUGUUUUUUCACUCUGCCCCAUUCCUCAAGAUGCUCUGCGCUGUGUUCACCCAAAAGAAAUAGAAGCCCAGAUGUCUGUAGGUUUAGAAUCAAAAGAAAGCACAGACAACCCAAGAGUAUGUAGACCUGCUUUAAAAGCAGAGGAGGAAACCAGUGUGUUGCCCGGCAGCAUUCAGGAGUCCGGUAAGCUGACUGAAAAAAAGGAGGAGGUUUUAGAAGAACCCCAGGUGCCUGAAGAUCUAGUCAAAGAAAAGCUAGAUACCAUGGGGGAAGAGAAUUCUGCAAAAGAAGAGACUAAACCGGAACUCUGUAGAUCUUCACCCGAUGUUCUACCGACAGAUCUGUCUGUUGGCUUAUCGUCCAACAUGAACAGUUCAUCAGUGAGAAAGAGCGAUUCCCCCACACAACCUGAAAAAACGGAGAAAACAGAGAAAACAACGUUGGAGUCAGAGAAGACCUUGCUUGCACAGAAUGAUGGUCCUCUUGCUUCAUCCUUGAAUCCUACUGUAGCCUUGAUCAGGAUGCCAAGCUUGGAAUGUUUUUCCGCUUCAGAAUCUGCAAACAAAGUUCAAGAGAAACCGGACAGCGAGGAAAGCGUAACCGCUCGUCCUGUUGUCUGCUGCAUGUCGAACCAGCAAAACCAACAAGAAAGAACCAUCAAGCUGGUUUUGAAGAGAAAACGCUCCGAGAAUGAAACUGCUCAAGACCACGCACUAGGACUUGUAUGCGUUGACAUUUCAGCAACAAACAAGAAAGCUAGAAAAGAAAAGAAGAGGGCUAAGAAACACAAGUCCUCCAAAGGCAACCAGUUGUUGGGAAAAGGUACACUGGGAGAAAUGUUCUUAACACCGCUGAAACUAGAACAACUAGUCAAACGUCCAGGACCAAAUCAACCCGUGGUGGUUCUGAACCAUCCAAAUCCACUAAUCCGGAUGGUCAGUAUAGAAGAACAUACUCUGAACAAUCAGGACUGUAGAAUCUCCAAUCUGGACCUUUGUAAUCAGGAGGGAAGCACCUCACCUGAACCUGUGGGAACAUCUCCUGCAUUAAAGAUGACACUGAAAAAAGUUCAGGGACAGACAUAUCAGGUCACAGAGCUUCUCCUAAAAGGGGUCUUCAAAAAUACAGUUCUUGGAUGACUUGUUUCUGGUUUCUCCUCCAUUUUCCAUCAGUACACUCUGGUAGUGUUUUACCUAGCUACUUUUCAAGCUAGGUUGAUGCUGAUUUUGGAUCAGUGGGAUGUAGCUGGCUGGAAUUUCAGUCUCUAAUUGGGGUUGAUGAAAAGUUUUAGAACGUAAGACAUUUUUUUUUUUACAUAGUUUUUUUACAGUGUUUCCUGGAAUCUUUGUUUUUGGGACUUUCAUUUAGAUUUUCAUUGUUAUUUAAUGUAUUUCCGUGUAUUAUAAAAUCUACUCAAGGGAUCUUAAACCGAGUCGCUCGUUCAUACAAGAAAAUGUCAUGUUUGUAUAUAAAGGACUUGGUUUUUAUAGAAGUGUUUUUGAACUCGACACGUCCAACGUAUCGCAUUGUUUGUCGAAUGUUUCGCAAAAGAAUAUAAACCUAACCCAACAAACAAUUUAGAUUACCCCCAAACGGAGACGUUAAUGCUUUAUAUGUCUGAGAGAAGGACGAACGCUAUAUUGCGUAAUGUUUCAACAUCGAUAUUGAAGUGUUAUAAAGUCGAUAUUUUGGCUUGAUCAAUUGUGAUGUCAUAGCAUUGUCAUGGUUCAUGUCAAGGUCAUGGUUUGGAUGGUAUUAAAUAAAGAAUAAAAGUGCCAUAUAACAAUAUAAACAUUUUCAGAUUGAAGUAUCACUAUACUGACUACACACCAGUCUAUUGCAGAUUACUAGAUGAAUGUUGUGUUUUUUUUAACUAUACUUUAUUUAAAUUUUAUUGUUGUUUUUUCCCUGAUUGAAAAAGCGCUACUAAAGACUGGUCAAUUUGUAGACCAUGUAAAUAAUUGUUUUGGGUUUUUUUGUCAGGGAACUGCAUUUAUGUGAAGUUUUUCAAUCAUUACUUUGUUGUUUUUGUUUCUAAUUAGAUCUUUAAUUAGUUUCCCACUGAUAAAAGCUGAUCAUUUGCCUAUAACAUUUCUGCUAACAUUGUUGGAUUCUGUUCAAUACUGAUGUUUUGGUUUUCUUUUUUUUUUUUGUUGCAUUUAAUAUUGUAUGUCCACAAAACAGUUAAUUCCUGUUACCACUUGCAUUAUAGCAGCUAUUCACAAUCAAUUUUGUUCACCAGCCUCUUUAUUAACAUUCUGAUCAAUCGGAAUCAGCCACACUGUGGUAUAAAUGAUAACAAGUACACGUUUCUCACUAUUUUAUAUAUUUAACACUGCGAUGCUCCUUUUGUAUUACAUUUUGUUGUGGUUUUUUUAUGACUUCAUUGUCAUAAGUGGCCCAAUUAUAACCUGGUCCUCAUAUUUCAGGUGCAAAUGUGGAAUGUUCAUGUAAGGAAUAAAACACUAACUUGAACAUCA